CGUCCAUUGAGUUGUAGUUAAAAUGAAUUUGCUGAUUGUCUCAGUACUGGUGGUGAUGAUAGCAGCGACAUCUGCCGAACAAUACACAGAUAGAUAUGAUAAUAUCAAUAUCGAUGAAAUUUUGAGUAACAAAAAGUUACUUCAUUCAUACAUGAAGUGUUUAUUAGACCAUGGACGCUGUACACCUGAAGGAAAGGAACUUAAAGCGCACAUUAUAGAUGCCAUCCAGACUUCAUGCAGUAAAUGUACAGAGAUGCAGCGCAAAAUGUCACGCAAGGUUGUGAACUUCAUAAAGGAACAGGAAAAAACUUUCUGGGAAGAUCUGAAGCACAAAUAUGAUCCCGGAGAUGUUUACAAGCCGGUAUAUGAAUCCUUCCUGGCUGCAGAUGACUAAUAUUAUAAAAACCUAAUAUUUUGUAAUACGUUGAUAAUUAAAAAUCGAUUAUAA